CUCAGAAACCUGGACACACAGAGCAUCACACAAUGAUUUCAGCAGUAUUCCUUCUGACUUGCUACAAUAUAUUUUAUGGAUCAUGCCAAUUGUCUGGAAGAGGUGGAGAUGUUGCUCCACAAAUUCUUUCAGAAGUAAGAGAAACCAACCUUGUAUUGAAAGAAGUUCGGGAUCUCCUAAAGCAGCAGGUUAAAGAAAUAAUAUUCUUGAAAAAUACUGUUAUGGAAUGUGAUGCUUGUGGUACGUAUUUUGGCAUUCACACCAGUGCCACUAGCCAAGCCAUAAAAGUCACAACUUAUCAAAAUGGAUGUAAUCCAAAUCCCUGCUAUCCUGGUGUUACAUGCACUGUAACCGGCUCUGGCUUCCGUUGUGGGACUUGCCCAGCAGGUUAUUCUGGUAAUGGAUCUCAUUGCACUGACAUUAAUGAAUGCACUGUGAAUCCUUGUUAUGCUCGAGUCCGAUGCGUCAAUACCGCUCCUGGCUUCCACUGUGAACCUUGCCCCAUUGGUUAUAUAGGGAAGAGGGUUGAAGGGAUUGGACUGGAAUACGCCAGAGCAAAUAAACAGGUGUGUGAUGAUUUAAAUGAAUGUGAAAGUGGAAAUAAACCGUGUCCUGGAAACUCAGUUUGCAUCAACACCAAGGGUUCCUACAAAUGUAGUCCAUGCAAAGCAGGGAAAGGGGGUCAGAACACAGUCUGCAAAACUGAAAAAAGGUGUCCAAAUGGAGAGAUAAGCAAGUGUCAUGAAAAAGCUGAAUGUAUCAUCGAACGAGAUGGAUCAAUAGCAUGUGUGUGUGCAGUAGGAUGGGCAGGAAAUGGCAUAAUCUGCGCAAAGGAUACAGACAUUGAUGGAUUCCCGGAUGAAAAGCUUAGAUGUUCUGAUUUGAGAUGUAAAAAGGACAACUGUGUAACAGUCCCAAAUUCAGGCCAGGAAGAUGCAGAUAAGGAUGGCAUAGGAGAUGCAUGUGAUGAUGACGCAGACGGAGAUGGUAUUGCCAAUUUGCAGGAUAACUGUGUGUACGUGCCCAAUGUGGACCAGAAAAAUACAGACCAAGAUAACUUUGGAGAUGCUUGUGAUAAUUGCCGCAAUGUGAAGAAUGAUGAUCAGAGAGACACUGACAGGGAUGGGAAAGGAGAUGUCUGUGAUGAUGACAUGGAUGGCGAUAAAAUAAAAAAUACAGCAGACAAUUGCAAGAAAGUCCCCAAUCCUGAUCAGAAGGACAGUGAUGGUGAUGGAGUGGGAGAUGUAUGUGACAGCUGUCCCAACAUUAAGAACCCAGACCAAUCCGAUGCUGACAGUGACCUUGUUGGAGAUCUAUGUGACACCAACAAAGACAGAGAUGGAGAUGGACACCAGGAUAGUCGUGAUAAUUGCCCAUCAGAUAUUAACAGUAACCAGCUGGACACUGACAAGGAUGGCCUGGGAGAUGAAUGUGAUGACGAUGAUGAUAAUGAUGGGAUCCCUGAUAUUUUACCACCAGGACCAGAUAACUGCAGGCUGGUUCCAAAUCCAGACCAAGCUGAUUCUGAUGGGAAUGGAAUUGGAAAUGCUUGUGAAGGUGACUUUGAUAAGGAUUUGGUGAUUGACAUAGUUGACGCUUGCCCAGAAAAUGCUGAGAUUACUCUGACCGACUUCAGAGCCUUCCAAACAGUUGUUUUAGAUCCAGAAGGGGAUGCCCAGAUUGAUCCAAAUUGGAUUGUACUGAAUGAGGGAAUGGAAAUCGUCCAAACAAUGAACAGUGACCCUGGUCUUGCAGUUGGUUACACCGCAUUUAAUGGAGUGGACUUUGAAGGGACAUUUCACGUUAACACAGAGACAGAUGACGAUUAUGCUGGAUUAAUCUUUGGCUACCAGGACAGUUCAAGUUUCUACUCUGUCAUGUGGAAACAAAUGGAACAAACGUAUUGGCAGGCAAACCCCUUCCGUGCCGUGGCUGAACCUGGCAUACAACUAAAGGCAGUGAAAUCUAAAACAGGACCAGGGGAGAACCUUAGGAAUUCUCUGUGGCACACUGGAGAUACACUCAACCAAGUUAAACUACUAUGGAAGGACCCCAGGAACGUUGGAUGGAAAGAUAAGACUUCAUACCGUUGGUUUUUACAACACAGACCUUCAGUGGGGUACAUUAGGGUGAAGUUUUUUGAGGGACCAGAAUUAGUGGCCGAUUCUGGAGUCAUCCUGGACACCACAAUGAGAGGAGGGCGGCUCGGAGUGUUCUGUUUCUCCCAAGAAAACAUAAUCUGGUCUAACUUAAGAUAUCGCUGUAAUGAUACUAUCCCUAAUGAUUAUGAAACAUUUAAAGAACAGAAGAGCAAAGCCUGAAGUCUUGUUUUACAUGAAACCACUUGUUUUUUUUUUCCUUUUGUUUCUUUUUGAUGAAUGUAUAUAUGGAUUAAUUGUUCUAUCGCUCCUCUGUAGCCUGAGCAUAUGGCUUCUCCUGGAAAGACAUCAGCGAACAUCAGAACUAAUGUUAUAACUGUGCAAACUGCGUCUGCGUACAUAAAUAAAAAUAACCUUGCUAGAAAAUUAUCAAAACCCUGCAAUCCCCAGUAACGUCUUUAUCCUAAAUCAUUUUUAUAAGAUGUGUUUUGUAUGAUUGUAGACAGUAUAUGACAUGAUUGUAUUAAUUAAAAUAUAAUAAUAGACAAAUGCCUAGAAAAGUAUGCAUUAUUUUUUUUUACGAUCUGGCUUGCUAAACCUGUAGCUCCAAAAUUAAACACCACAUAGUACAUCAAUGCCAAAUGUUCAUAACUUCUUAGCAGAUGUGUUAUCCGUGAGAGAUGACAAGGUAUGUAUAUUGUACAUAUUAUCUACGCAAUUUGCUAGUAAGAUAUCUAAAAAAAAUUUAGAUUAACCACUUAAUCAAUGCCAUCAUCACACUUUGGUCAUAAAAAAAACCCAAAACAACUUUAAAAUUAAAUAUGAACGAAUAAAGGGCAAAGGAAAAUGUUCUAAAAAACAACAACCUAAACUGGAAAAAAAAAGAAUACAAAUAACUAAUACAGCAAAUUAAAUAAAAAGUAAAAAAAAUACUGAAACACAAAACAAAAUUGCAACACAUCCUGUAUAAACUUGUACAACAGACAACAUAAUACCAGUUCUAUA